AAUGAGAAAAAUUGUGAAUGCUUUCCUCUCUUGAUGGAUUUUUUAAAGGAAAACGAAUUGCAACUAACAACUAAUAUUAAAAAAAUUGUUAUCGAACAUUUGGAAAACCUCGAAAAAUCAUUGUCUCAGUAUUUUCUUGCUACUAAUAAUAACGUUGAUUGGAUACAAAAUCCUUUUGUGAACCAAAAAAAAAACCCUGCAAUGUUAUCCAUGCUCGAAUAUGAGCAGUUAAUUGAAAUUAAAAGCAUGUCAUAUUUAAAACAGAAAUUUGAAUUUGGAUCUUUAAACGAAUUUUGGAUUGAACUUAAGGACGAGUACCCAUCUCUAGUUGAAAAAGCUAUUUUUACUCUAUUACCGUUUGUAACAACCUACCGUUGUGAAGCUGGUUUUUCCUCUUAUGCGUGUACAAUAAAUAAAUACAGAAAUAGAUUGAAAGCCGCUCCAGACCUACGAAUUCAAAUUUCAGAUAUAAAACUUAAUUUUAAAAAUAUUGUAAAUCAAACAAUGAAACAGUUCCAUUCUUCUCACUAA